UCAUGAUAACUGUCUCUGCUUCGGUCUGAUGAUGUCUGAGUUAUUUGUGAAGUUAAAAUAUUCACGGUUUAGUUUCCUGUUAGCUUCCUCGGGCAACUUUGCUGCAUUUAGGUUGUUUCAAAUCGUUGUGAAUUUUGAUUGGGUUAAACAGAGGACUGUCAUGUACAGCUUAAUAUUACUGGUUAGAUAUCUUUAUGAACGCCCCCUAUUUUUCAAUCAUUGGUUGAAACGUUAAUGUAUUCGUUGUUUGAGCCCACCCUGCAUGGACAAUAACGUGAAUUUGCGCGGCGUCUCACUGUAUUUUUAGCAGAGUGGCUAACUAGCUAACUACGUAGCUAGCUGAUUUCAGAUGUAGCUAGAAUACUUCCUUGGUUGUUUUAUGAACUUUGCUAAUGUAUAGCAUGGUCAUGUCUCUCUGUCAGGAUUGGCUAAUGUGAAGAUAGCAAACAUAGUAGCUUUGCGCUGUUCACCUUCCAAAAAUAGUUUGGUUGUUCGGGAUGUUUUUAUCUUUAACAUGGAAACAAAACGAGGGGAUAUUCCCAACGGCGUAUUGGACGACCUUUGCAGCCGCUUCAUCCUUCACAUCCCCAGUGAAGAGAGAGACAAUGCCAUUCGAGUGUGCUUCCAGAUUGAGCUCGCCCAUUGGUUUUACCUGGAUUUCUGCAUGCAGAAUUCACCAGGACUACCUCAGUGUGGGAUAAGAGACUUCGCCAAGGCUGUUUUUAAUCAUUGUCCCUUUCUGCUGCCAAAUGGGGAGGAUGUACAGAAAGUUUUAGAUCAAUGGAAGGAGUACAAGAUGGGUGUUCCCACAUAUGGUGCAAUUAUUCUAGAUGAGACAUUGGACAAUGCAUUGCUAGUUCAGGGCUACCUGGCCAAGUCAGGAUGGGGCUUCCCAAAGGGAAAAGUCAAUGAGGAUGAGGCCCCCCAUGACUGUGCAGUGCGGGAGGUGAUGGAAGAAACAAGUUUUGAUAUCCGAGAUCGCAUCUGCAAAGACACGUACAUCGAGCAGAAGAUCACAGACCAGCUGGCUCGACUGUACAUAAUACCCGGAGUCCCAAAGGACACCAAAUUCAAUCCCAAAACAAGAAAGGAGAUUAGGAACAUAGAAUGGUUUGCUGUUGAGCAGCUCCCAUGUCACAGGAAUGAUAUGACUCCCAAAUCCAAACUCGGACUAGCUCCCAACAAAUUUUUCAUGGCCAUUCCAUUCGUCAGACCGCUCAGAGAAUGGGUUGCCAAGCGCAGGGGGGAAUCUACAGACAGUGAUGAGGAUUUCGCCUCCAAUGGCAGCACUCCGUGUAAACCACACGUCCGGCCUAAAGUCGGACGUACCCCAGUGUUGACUGAAGCGUCUCCAGGAGACGUCUGGUCCAAGCAAAAGCAACAAAAGCCGAUCGGGCUGCCAGCGCAGGAAAUCAAGCAGAACCACAGUGCAAAAGGCAAUGGGAAGAAGCACCAGGACUCUCCCAACCUAAAGAAAAAAUCAAACGGGGUCAGCACACAACAGAAAGAAGAAAAGAAACUUCAGCCCAGAAGACUACAAGACAACUUCGACACAGAUGCUGCCUGCAACUUGAACGGCCUCAACGGCCAGGGCGCGAGCCGGCCGGACGCCGUCAAUGGUGACUUUGAGCACAUCAUGUCCUCCAGGUCCUUCCUGGGCUUUAAGUUUGACAGGGAAGCCAUCAUGAAGUGUUUUGAGUCCUGAGGCUCCCGUCCGCCGUGUCCCAGUAUUAGCCCAUAGUGAGACUUUGAGCGUCGCUGGGCAGCACAUGUACUAUUCCCUCUCCAGUCCAAAGGAAACACGUUUGCAGAGCUCCGAGUUGGGGAUAGGGACAGUGAAGGGCCUGACGGUGUGAAUCGGACCAACUUCUUGAAUAAAGUGGCAGAAGUGUUUUAUAUAGCUAUAUAUUUUUCCAGCCCAGAAAAGGCAAGCAUCAUGGUAGCUCGCAGCGGGCGGUUGGUUCUGGAGCCGCUUGGACCCGGAGUGGUGAACCGCGUCCAAACCUGGUUUUGGUGGCGGAGUACGGUGUGAAUGUGACAGAAACUGCAUCUUGUCUGAACCCCACAGGGGGCCACUUGGGAGAGCCCGCCCCCGCAUCUUGAGUGCACCAGUUGAUGAUUGGACGUGCUCGUUAGUGUGUGUCUAUGGGUGUGCUGAUGGGGAGGUUAUGUAAUGUUAUGUAUCCUUAGCCAGACUCCUCUCCCUCUCCCACUAUGUGUGUCUGAUACACGAGACAUCUGCAGGUACUGUACUGAUCAUAUUUUGCACGCAUUGCACCAACACGCUAAGUACCAUCAGUUUGGGGUGGGGGUGGGGUGUAGAAUUGUCUCUGUGAAGGUCUUGCAGGAACAGGGCAAAGGAACUCUUGCACUUUUAUAACGCUGUUGAGGAAGUGGUCCUCUCGUGAUGAAUGUUACUUUAAAAAGAAGCUGUUUGUUCGAAAUGAUGAGGGUUUCUUCAGGGCACUGUUCUCCUCUUCCGACUCGCCCUUAAAAUUCACACACACACACACACACACCAUCACACGUCUACUCAAUAAAUGCAUUAGCAAGUCACUGUUUUAAUUACCGUGUGGUUUAAACAGUUGUUUUCAGCUUUUCUGAGCCAGCAUUGAUUAGUACUGAAACCUGAUUGUGGAUCUGCAAUGGCUUCUCCUGGUAUCAUGAUGACCCAUCCUUCACAUAUUCGCUUCUCUUACAUAGAGCUUCGAAAGGUGUCUGUUAUCAACACUGAACUGUACAUUUCUAGCAGUGUUUCUCUUUGUAAAAAAAAAAAACACAAAAAAAACACAAAAAAUGCUUCCUUUUAUUUUUUAUUACGUGACUGCUUGAUUUGUGUUUCAUCAGGAAGAAUAGUAAUUUCCAUGCUUGUUUGUGAUCUGUGAACCGGCACUGAAUUCUUUGUGUGUUUUUUUUUCAUUGUUUUGUUUGUUUGCUUUUUUUAUUACAGUAAAUCCAGUAACAUUUGGACAGAAUAGUUUGAAAUAAUGGAGUUCCACCAGUAUGCAAUGUGGUUCACAUAGUUCCCAAGCUUUGGGGGGGGGUUUGCGUUUGCUGUACAUCGUCUUUUGCAAUAAAACAUCUUCUCUUUAGAGUUAA